AUGUCUAUAUGGCGCCAACAGGGAAGCAUUCACGCUCAAGACAAAUGCUCAGUGAUCCCAAGUCGCGAAGCCCUUCAAUUUCGCUAUUCUAACGUUGCAGAAGCGGCUAUCGUUCUCGAAAACGCUCUGAUAAUGGCCCCAUCGAAUAAGCAGCAUUCUCCACUACCACCUGGUUUUUGGGGAAAUUUCCCAGAUAUACCGUUAGUUCGUGAACGCUCUAUGAAAUUGCCAGUAAUAAGAAAACCACAACGACGCUUUGGAGGAACGACGAAGCGUAUAAGUCAAAAUGAUUCCAUGGUGUUUCUACGGAACAACAUAAGAACGAUUUCACCAAAUGAGGACACAAAGGAGGAAAUUCUAACCAUCACGUCACCGUCGUUGCAUCACGAAGACCAAAACGAUUCCGGUAUCGAAAAUCGUACCACCGAUUCGCAUUCACCAUCUACUUCUCUGGAUUUUUCUCCACGAAGUGAUUCGAAGCACACACCCGAUCGUUUGAUCUCAUCGAAGGUCUCCACCGCACCAUCGACGACGACGGAGUCGUCAGCACCGCCGGACUACCCGCCGCCACCGCCACCACCACCGCCGCUUCCACCGCCGUCCUCAUCUGACUCUACCCUCGAUCAGUUCAUUGAAUCUAUUGUUUUUGUUUUCUACUUAGGUAUUGAUCCCGCUGAACGUUUCGAGAACGAUUUCCGCCACACAGCGGAAGCCGAACAACGACGACUAUCCAUCGUCGUCGCCGCAUUUGCAAAGGUUCGGUCGAAGGACUCCAUUGAGUGUUAG